AAAUCUGUAUUUCUCUCUGUCUUAUUUGGCUUUCUUUUUUUCAAUCAGGACAAUUACUCCGAAACUGAAAAUGUUGAUCAAUAGGGAGUCUGGAAUUGGACUGGUCAUGUGAUUUAGAGAACCAAUAGGAAUUAGGAAUUGUCAGAAUUUGAGAAAGUCGAGAAAGCACAGCUGAACUUCUAUAUCUACACAGUCGGAACUAGUCGAAUAGUCUCUCUCCCUCUCCACUAUACAGGCGUAUGCACUCGGUUACAGUAUACACUGGACAGAGUAUACUUGCUUUCUCAAAAUUGAGAUCAUUUUCAACAUUCUUUAUUUAAAAAAAUGAAAACUGAGGAUGAAGAUGGGCAAAGUAUGCUGUUUUUAGCUAGUGACCUAAAAACAAAAAGCAACAGUCAAAAUGACGAGAUAUUUGAAGUCCAAGAACUUGUGGACCAAGUACAAAAUUCCGAGACAAAUGCCGACUGGUACGCUGUCAGAAAUCACAUCGCUUUCCGAGCUGAGAAGAGUUUGGGUCACAUAGCCUGGGGUUGGGAGGAGGCUGAUGUAUAUUUGAUCAGUGAAUGCUGCAUUCUUCUCCCAGACAUGAAAACUAAACCAAAGCUGGGACACAAAAGUCGAGUGAGUGUGUGUAAUCGAUGUGAUGCAUAUCAGAAGACAGAUGUCUUUAGUGUCAGACACCUGCUGCUAAAGCAUCUGCAGUGGCCGACGAAGUGUGGACGAUGCAGAAAACCAAUGGUUGGAAGUAUUACCAAUCAUGAAUGUGCUCAGAGGUGUCCUAUGCAAUGUCUCCUACUACACAGUAAACGGGAACUAGUCCAACAUAUGUACAUGAAACAUGGGAAAUUCUACUGUGAACUUUGUGAGAAGAUCUUCACUGACCUUAGAGAGAUGAAGAAACACAUGGCGGAAGAAAAUCUUCUCUUGGUUCAAUCCUGUAUUUUGUGCAAAGAACAGUUUGGCGAGGACGGGAAAGACGGUAGACUCAUGAAGGAACAUUUGCUGCUGUGUCAUGAUGGUUUUGAAGAUGAAAUUUCUGGAUAUGAAGCAGCCAAGCUCUCUAAUCCUGAAAUUAUUAAAGAAAUAUACCUCAGAUACAAACCCUCAAAGACUGAAACAUACCAAUUCGACAACUUCCAGUGUCCUCACUGCCAGCGAUUAUUUUCUGCGCGUGCUGGGCUUAAAAUUCAUGUUGGCAUUGCGCAUCGAGGUGUGGGCAUCGUCUUCUGCCCACGCUGCCCAUUUACUUUUAAAAAUGUUGACGAUUGCAAAGUCCACUUGAAGAAGGGACAUUCUGUGAAGAAAAGUUAUAUAAAGAAACCGCAAUCAGCAAAGUCUGACACUGUUAAGAAGAGUGCAGUUCCCAACAAUGUUCCAAUUUGUAAUCCUUCAUCAUCAAAUAGUGAAGCAACCAACAGUAUCAUUACUUAUAUCAAGGAAGAGAACAAUAUUUCUCAAGAGAAUGUUACGGAACAAGUAAUUGAAAAUAACACAGACGCUCAAGAAACCCAAGUCCAGAUCAAGACGGAAAAUAUGCAAGUGGACGGUCUUGGCGAGGUAGAAAAGGAAAUAGUGAUCGAGGAAGAAACUUUUGAAUUAAAAACAGAAAUUGUUGAACCAGCAUUGCCUUCUACAGUCGAAACCAAGAAAAAAGUUAAGAAACCGUUACCAGGUCUUCUGAAAAUCACAUUUUCAGAUACAUCCUUGCCUGUAAAGCAACCACAGCCACCUGUUCUUCAAAACACAAAAUCAAGUAUAGGAUUAAAACGAAAAGCUGAUGAAGAGAAAUUGAUUCAGAAAGAACCUUCUACGCCAAAGUUUGUUAAUAUUUCAACCAAGUUAAAAGAACUACAAUUGAAGAUGAAAGUAGGAGAGCAGAGACAACUUAAGCCUAUUCUCCCCAAACCAGUUGUGUCUAUUGCUGGUGUUCCCAAGAUGCCGUUGUCGGGUACUGUUUCAAUGGAGAUGAGUAAAGCUGAAUCCAAGACGUUUAUUCCCGUGGUUGGCCCAGACGGAAAAACUAUGCUGAUUGAUGUUUUUAAAGCAAAGGAUGGUAUCUCUAGUGGGUCUAUCAAGUUCCUUCCAAACAAUCAACAUCAGAGCAAACCGGUUUUCUCAGAAUCGAUUUUGUCCCCUGUGAUAGCUUCCACAUCAUCCCUUCUGACUGGUUCUCCAUUAUCCUCCACAGGCCAAACUAUAACAGGACAAAUUACAAACUCACCUACCCUCGCUCUCAGGAUUGUCAGCUCAGCUAGCCAUGUGGGUCAAACUCUCAAUACAGUCAGCCAUGCUGGUGAAACCCGAGUCGGACAGAGUGCGCGUAUAAAAGUUGGGAAAGAAUUGAAGCGAUCUGAAAUUUUUGCGCAACGACAAUCUCUUCUAAUAAGUAACCAAGUAGAUCCUCUGGACACCACAGAUAUGAUGAACCCUGAUGCAGUAUCUUUAGAAAAUACAAGUUGUAUUAUGAGAGAUAAAGUUGCUUUAAAUCUUCCUGUUGUUCUUACAAAGAGAACCAAUAAGAAGAUGGCCCAGGACAAUCCGUUCUUCAAAAUCAGCAUGAUCGGAUCAGAUGUGACUGGAACUUGUAGAGUUUGUCAAGAUUUUACACAAACCUUUAAUCAAAGCUCGUUACUUGAGAAACAUUUUAAAGAAACUCAUCAGCAGAUGAUCUACAUUAAAAGAUUUGUUCUGUAUUACGAGAUCAGUUUUAAACAGAGUGCUAGGUCAAGAAAAAAAUUCUUUCUUUGCUUCUACUGCGGAAAGGAGUUCACUACCAAGUUCAAUGUAAGACGACAUCAAAUGUUGUAUUGUCCACACAAGCAAGAAAUAGACCCACGUCUGCUUGGCUUGGGUCCUCAGGAUUGUGCUAAGGCAGCUGAGCUGGAGUGGAAGAAGAAGGAGAUAAUUAAGACAGGAGGGAAGUGUAUAGAGGUAGUGGAUGACGAGGAGGAAGAGGAGGAGGUCGAGAUACUCGAGGAUGAGACCACGGUCAGGGUUAAUGUGAACGAGGACAACGAUGGGCUUGAGUUCUUGGAGCUUGAAAAUUUGGAGGAAAACGACCCUCUUGGACCUUGAAAAAAUCCUCAAAAUAAAGAUGAUGGACGAAAUAUGGCGGAAAAAUUCAUGAAUAAGAUGGCUCAAAUGUACAAAAAAAACUUAUUUAGUGGUCUUUGUUAAUGAAAUAUGUUUGUGCUGGUUUUAACAAAAUCCAUUUUACUGCAUAUGCAAUCAUUUGUUGUGACUAGUUAGAUUCACACAACUGUGGAAUAGAAAGAAGAACUGCUGUUAGACUCAAGUCAUGAUCUUAAAUUGACAAAGGAAUGAACCGGCUCAAUUACAUUUGCUAUAAUACUUUUGCCAUAAUUACAAGUGCCAUAAAUACAUUUGCCAUAAUUACACUUGCCAUGAAUACUUUUGCCAUAAGGAACACUUAUAAUUAUUUUAGCUAUAAUUUGCUAACUCUAACAAGGAUAUAAUUCUUUUAUAAAGCCUGGAUAUGACACUAAUACUGAUAGAAAGAGCUAGCUUGGUGAAGAAUCAAUGACAAUACAAUACUUUUCCAAUAGAGCAGUAGUUUAACCUUAUUGUUCUUUCAUUUGUUAAGUGUAGUCACAAAAGUAAUAAUUGAAGUUGUAUAAUAAAAAGAUAAAUAUUAUAUUGUGUUAUUUUAGGUUACUAAUAACUAUAAUAAAUUUUUAUGGCAAUUGUAUUUAUGGCUAAACUAUUGUGGAAAAUGUUACUGAGCCCAUGAACCACAGCUGUUACUGAGUGGUCAUCAAGCUACUACUAGCUGGUUAAACUAUUUUCUUUAUGUCAAGAUUAUAUACUAAAUA